GAGGGACUAAACCUCGACUGACCAAACUACACCAUGGCUCAUUAUGACUCGUUGGAUGACAAGGACUCUGUGGAUAUUCAUGACAACCCCCCUCUCCCUGAUAACGUGGUGAAAGAGGAGGACAACACGGUGUAUUUCAUCUAUGAUGAGGAGGUAGAAGAAGAAGAGAAAGAUGAACCACCUCCUCCGGAACCAAUCAAACCAGUCAACGACAGACCUCACAAGUUCAAGGACCACUACUGCAAGAAACCAAAGUUUUGUGAUGUCUGCGCACGAAUGAUAGUUUUGAACAAUAAGUUUGCAUUGCGAUGUAAGAACUGCAAAACCAGCAUCCACCACCAGUGUCAGUCCUACGUAGAGUUCCAGAGGUGUUUUGGCAAAAUUCCACCUGGAUUCAGAAGAGCCUACAGCUCUCCUCUGUACAGCAGUCAGCAGAAUGCCACAGUCUCACAGCUGCUGCCCUUUUCACAGUCAAACCGCACUGACCCUGUGUUUGAGACACUGCGUAUUGGUGUGAUCAUGGCCAACAAGGAGCGUAAAAAAGGGUCAGAGGACAAGAAGAAUAUGAUGAUGAUGGAAGAAGAAGAGUCUCAGCCCAAACAGGAGGAGGAAGGAGGUGAAGGAGCAAACCCAGAAGGAGACAAGAGGGGAGACAAGACUCCUGCAGAUGACAAGAGUAAAAAGCUCCAGCCAGGGAAGAUCGGUGUGUUCAGCCAGUCUCACUAUUAUCUGGCUCUCUACCGCUUCAAGGCCAUAGAGAAAGAUGACCUGGAUGUGCAUCCUGGUGACCGCAUCACAGUGAUAGAUGACUCCAAUGAGGAGUGGUGGAGGGGGAAGAUCAGAGAGAGAACAGGCUUCAUCCCUGCCAACUACAUCAUCCGUGUGCGAUCAGGAGAGAGGGUCUACAAGGUGACGCGCUCCUUUGUCGGCAACAGAGAGAUGGGCCAAAUCACUCUGAAGAAAGACCAGAUUGUGGUGAAGAAGGGUGAGGAAGUUAAUGGCUACCUGAAGGUCAGUACAGGACGGAAACUCGGCUUCUUCCCCGCCAACCUGCUGCAGGAGAUCUGAGGGGAGGCACCAGACAUCUGGUCGAAGCUGCUCCCAUCCCAGUUUCAUCACCUGCUGCAGCUCACAUGACUGUUUGUCAUCCAAAGCAGCAAUAACACCUUUACUUGAAUUUUAAUUUUAACACAUGCUGGUAUUGUUCAUUUGUAAACUUCACGUCACCUUACAAAGCCUGUGUACAGAAUGCAUUGCGAUGAAUUUACUUAAUAUGCAAAGGGAAUUAAAUAACUGAAUAUAAAUAAUAGCAAAAUACACCAAAUAGUUUAUGUAAAAUGAACAGAUGCAGACAUUUUUUCUGUUCAUACAGGUGUUUUGUAAGCAGGUUAUAUACACUGAUUUUAUUAUUUGGCACAUUUUGCA